GAGGCUAAGAAUGUCAUCGUCAGCUUGGAACUUUCAGAAGUCAUCUAGCGGCGUGUUUGGACGGCGCAGUACUGGUUCGCACGAGAAAGGUGUGGCUCUAGCUCGUACACUGACCUGCGAUGUGUCAGCUUCUAUGAACGCUCUCAGUACUAAUAGAGACUGCAAUAUGGUGGUGGUAGCGGGGAGAACAGUACUAAAAGUCUUCCUAAUACAAGACGACGGGUUUGAAGAAAAGCUCAAUCUUCGAGUAGGAAGGACAAAUUUGACAUUCAGUAGCACCGACGUUCAGUGGCAUCCAACAGAGGCGUCUUUCAUUGCUACUGCGGCUACCAAUGGUACCGUUGUACUCUGGGAUUUGAAUAAGCAAUCAAAGUCAAAGCAAGGUGUUUGGCUUGUAGCUAUUAUCUACAGUGACCACAAUCGUACUGUCAACAGAGUGCAGUUUCAGGCGGAUAGCAAUGUACUGGCCAGCGGCGCACAAGACGGCAGCAUCAAGUUGUUUGAUUUUCGUGUAAACCAGAGUGGCGCGUUUAAGAGUUUGACGUGCAGUUCAGAGAGCGUGAGAGACAUCAAGUUCAAUACGUUUCAAGUCAAUACGCUCGCUGCAGCAUUUGAGAACGGAAUCGUGCAGCUUUGGGAUCUACGAAAUUUAAAUACAUACGAGCGACAGCUGACCGUUCACAACGGUCCUACAUUUUGUUGUGAUUGGAACCCAGAAGAGAGACACUGGCUUGCAACAGCCGGACGUGACAAAAUAAUCAAAGUGUGGGACGUACAGCAAACAUUGGUCAAAGAGAUAUAUACAGUGCAGACAAUUGCAUCCGUAGCACGAAUAAAGUGGCGACCAUCAAUGAAGUUUCAACUCGCGAGCUGUGCUCUGUUGGUCGAUAACAACAUCAAUGUGUGGGACGUCCAACGUCCAUACAUUCCAUUUGCUUGUUUUACCGAACAUCGGGACGUAACAACAAAUUUUAUUUGGCAUAAGGGGCCGGACAUGUUGUUGUCAUGCUCGAAAGAUAUGACCCUAAUACAGCAUGUCUUCAGAGAUGCACACAGACCAGCUAAUUUGGUGCCUCCGGUGGGAUUAGCAGUCAGUUUACAUGGGGAGAUCAGUCAUGCAGCCAGUGACAACAAUGAUGGACUAAAACAAGUUCAAUCACCGGCUAGCAAUUUGAGUCGAAUUGGCAUGUUCAAGCUUCGAAAGCAGGCCGAACUCACGUCGCCAAAGGACAGCUUUCUUUCUGCUCACAGCACCUUGUACCAAUUUAACAAGCAUUCAUCGUCAAGUGCUUAUGAUUCAAGGUUUGAGGGUGAAGGCAUAGCUCAUCUAGCCAGGAGGUACUGGCUACAAGGCACUUCGUUUGAGGAACUUUGUGAUCACAAUGCUGAGGUUGCAAAGGAGGUGCAACUUGUUAACAUCGCAAGCAUAUGGUCUAUGCUGAAGCUCUUGCACUCGUCUGAAAGUUCAGUGAAAGCUAUGACUGCUCGUGGAUCGACCGUGGUGAUAAAACCAGUUGAACACCAACUGUCUGAUGGAACGGGUGUCUCUGCCAGUGCUCUGGACAGUAAGCUAGUGGUUGAUAAACUAUCAUCAAUCACCUGGUCUUCUACUGUCCAUAAACGAGCUAGCCAAGCAUUCGGUGAUACAACUAGCACUUCUGUUAUCGAUGGUGUUGAAGAGGAAGAUGAUCCUGUUAGUGAUGAGUCAAGUGAUGACAGCAUUCCAGGCAUUGGAGAUGAAGAAAAGCAACAUCAACUUCUCACUAUUGCCAGUGGAGCCGAUUUCAAUGUCCUCCCCGAAGACGAAGACAUCAGCUCAGAACUUUCUGUCAGCACAGCCAGAGAAUCAGCCCAAGAUUGGCAACUACCAAGUGAAGCAUUUCAACCUAGAGAAGAAAUGCAAAGCAGAUCUCCGUCGCUCCAUAGCCCGCCCUCUACCGGAAGUCAUUCGCCCACUAGCAGGGACUCGGAGGUUGUGAGUCGUCAACUGACGCGUAAAAAUACUGUCAUAAAAAAGGAGACAGGAACAACACCGCAGAUGUUGGACUACCCCAAGUGGGAUCACAGUCAGAUUGUUGUUGAUAUGUUACAGUAUCUUGCUCAUCAGGGAGACGUUCAAAACGCUGUGUCAAUGGCGCUCGUUUUAGGAGACAGACUAGAACCGGGUGCAAUCAGUGAAGGGACUCUGGAGCAGUGGUUCUUCUCCUACUCCGAACUGUUGCAGAGAUUUGAAUUGUGGUCAAUCGCAGCGGAAAUCAUCAAGCUUUGUCCUCUUAACAAUGUCAACAGACUAAAUCUGACUUCGACUUUCAUUGCAACCAACUGCAAUACCUGUAGGAAGCCACUCCUCAAGUCAGGCUGGUUUUGUGACCGUUGCCAGCAGCUUACUAAUUCUUGUUCCAUCUGUCACGAAACGGUGAAAGGUUUAUAUGUCUGGUGUCAGGGAUGCGGUCACGGUGGACACUUGAGUCAUAUUCGAGAAUGGUUGAGUAAAUCCUCCUGGUGCCCGGUCGGUUGCGGGCAUUGUUGUGAGUACACGUAAUUGU